AUGGCAACGAAGACUUUGGAAGCUCGAUUCGAGCAUCUGUCAGUCAAUGAUGAGAAUGAACACCAUGGAACCACAAAGGGCCAUAUCAAAGCAAAGGGCUCUCUGUCAACUGCAGUGUCUCUGAUCGGCCUGGGAGCUGCAAAUCCAUCAGCAGCAAGCUCAACUCGCAACCAACUGUUGAAGAUUGCCUUACAAAACACAACCGACUCAAAAGCAAAUGCUGGGUCGCCCUCCAACAAAGAGCAGCAGGGUCGAUCUGAAGAAAGCUCCACCGUCCUUUACGACCAACCAGCCCCUAAGAAACUACACCUUGGCAUGUUUGAAAUUGGAAAGGCUCUAGGAAAAGGAAAGUUUGGCCGUGUCUACUUGGCUAAAGAGCGAUCAACUGGGUUCAUCUGUGCCUUGAAGGUUCUGCACAAAUCCGAACUCCAGCAAGGGGGGGUCCAAAAGCAAGUCCGAAGAGAGAUUGAGAUUCAAAGCAAUUUGAGGCAUCCCAAUGUGCUUCGACUGUAUGGUCACUUUCAUGACAGCAAGCGGAUCUUUCUCAUUCUAGAGUUCGCUGGCAAAGGCGAGCUGUACAAACAUCUGCGCAAGGAGCACCGUUUUCCCGAGUGGAAGUCUGCCCAGUAUAUCGCACAGAUGGCGGCUGCUUUGAAGUAUCUACACAAGAAACACGUCAUUCAUCGAGAUAUCAAGCCGGAAAAUAUCUUGGUCGGUAUUCAUGGAGAGAUCAAGAUUAGUGACUUCGGAUGGAGUGUGCAUGCACCCAAUAACAGAAGGCAGACAAUGUGUGGGACACUCGACUACCUUCCCCCGGAGAUGCUGGUUAGAGGAUCGCAGGAGAACUACUACAGCGACAAAGUCGACCUCUGGAGUCUUGGCGUGUUGACCUACGAAUUCCUCGUCGGAGAAGCACCCUUCGAGGAUACUCCGGUCAUGACUCAACGAAGAAUUACCAGGGCCGACAUGACAAUUCCUUCAUUUGUUAGCCCGGAGGCCAGGGACUUCAUUAAAAGGCUUCUUGUUCUAGACCCUGAGAAGCGAAUGACUAUUGAUGAAGCCCAGCAGCAUCCAUGGAUUUUGAAGCAUUGCGUCAAAACAGAAAAGACAACUCAGCGUAGCUCAGGCCAGAAGUAA